UAUAACUUUCACUAGCGUUUCUCAAUAUUUCAGUACAGCCAAUAUAACACUGCGACACGGCUUAGUGCAAAUUUAUUCCGUCCAUUAGAAGAUAUCGCCUUCCCUCGACACUUAAUCAUGGAAUCGAUAUUCCUCAUCGGCAUAGUUCUCGCCACCUUUUGCGGCGAAAUCCAGCUUCUUCCUGUAGAAGAAGAGAUCACGACCCCGCCCCCACCCCCAAGGCCAUACGCGUUCGGCUACGCCGCUGGCAGGUACCCCGGACACAUAGACAGGACCCAUUCGGAGGUAUCCGAUGGAUCGGGAGUCGUACAAGGCUCAUUUUCGUACGUGGAUCCCCGUCACAAGAUCCGCACAGUGCAGUACAUAGCAGACAGACAAGGUUUCCACCCAGUCCUCAACGAGAAUGUACCAGACCUACCAUCUGACACCCCUGUAGUGGCAGCGGCCAAAGAGAAGCACUUGAGAAAGUUCGCGGCGAUCGCCACCGCUCAUCAAGAAGGUUCGAAUCAGGCGAUCGUGCCGGUCGACACGAAAGCUGUGGAGUUCGCCAAGAACAAACAUCUGUCCUUGUACCAGCAGAUAGCCGAGGAACAUGCUAGGCUGGCUGCGGAAACUGAGGCCUUGCGGAAGGCAGAGGGUAUAAAUGUCAGUCCGAAUUCUUUGGACCACUACUAGAACAUCUACAGAAGAAAUAUUUUAUAAACAGAAAUUAUAUGUAGAUUUUGUAAUAUAUUCAGAUUUUUAUUA